AUGGCGCGCAGCGCCAAGCGGCCACGGACACGGCCGCAGGCCCUUCACCAACUCGGUGUUCGCGGCCGGAAGACGGGUGUCGUGCUGCGAGACCGCGGCGAACGCGACGAGCAUGGCAUGCAGCCGCUCGACGCCAUCUUCUCCCCGCACGAGGGCCAGCGGGCCCCCGGCGACGAGAGCUCGGACGCUGGAAGCGGCGACAUGGAAAUUGCAUCGAGCGAGGGACCGGGGCCUCAGACCAUACUCAGGAACCGGCACAGCAUCACGCAUCCCCUGCCGAAAAGUCGCUCUCCCGCCAAGACGAAGCUCAAGUCGCCUGCCGAGAAGACUCCCCGUCUGGACCGCUCCUCCUCGCCCUCUCGCAGCCAGCUCACGGACGAUCGCGACCUGACCGUCACCAGGAAGCUCGACUUUUCCACAAAGGGCGACAGGCCGAGGCGAUCGAGCGCCAAGAGGAUCAGCAACGUCUCGACGUCUUCGAGGCGGUCGUCGCGGCUUCUGGAGCAGCAGCAGCAGGAGGAGGAGGAGGAGCUGGAGGAGGAGGAGCUGGAGGAGGAGGAGGAGGACGGUGAGCCAGUUUCGGAUAUUCACCCGUCGCCUUUGUUUCAGAAAGAUCCUACCGUGUCCGAUCUAGUCACCCAAUCCAUGCAAAUGGUCGAUGCUAUAGACGAAAACAUGACUGCCGCGGGGCUUGGUCAAGGCGCGCAAGGUGACGUGCCGCCAACAGGCGGAGACGAUUACCCAGAGGACGAGCCGCCUGGUGUGCCGUCGCCAGCGGAGCCGCCGUCGCUGCCGAAAUCAUCGCCUGCGCUCCCGCCACCGCCAAAGCCGUCGCGCAUUCCACCGCCCACCCAGUCCAUAUACAGUCCCAAGAAACGACCCCCGCUGGAAAUGGGGGACGAGCCGACGGGAUCCGAGGACGAGCAAAGUCGCUCGGAAGCCAAAAGACGGCGCACAAAGACUCGUUCCCCCCUCCCUCCCAGGGCACCGAAAGCACCGCUUAUUCCAAAGUCAAAGCCGGCUGUUUCCAAUACCGCAGCUCAGCAACUCAAAAGAGGUAGGGGCAGACCACCGAAAGCGGGGCGACGGGCGACAAAACCAUCAGCAGGAGUCGAGGCCGGCGCCGGUGACGACGGCGACGAUGACGGGGAAGGUGAUGAGACGUUCAUGGAGAUUCAACGAGGCCCACCGAUGCCCCGGUCAAGAGGGCUUGUCUCCCUGCGAAACGACGGCGGCGCUCUAGCCACCCAGGCUCGGUUGGGACGGCGCCCAGCGCGGCCUCGGGACUACUGGACGGGCGACAUCCGCGAGUACGACGACGAGCACGACAAGGAGGAGCUCCCCGUCAAGGAAGUCAUACGACUGCCUGCAGACGCGCCUCCGUCGAGCCGCGCGCCCCACAGCAAAACGCGCGCCAAGGUCAAGGCCACGAUCCGCGAAGCCGUCCAAGAAGACGAGGAGCUGGAAGACUGGGAGGUGGACGAGGGAACCGUCACGGGGGAGAUUGUCCUGUGGGAAGCGGCGCACGAGCUCGACCCCCCGGGCGACGACGACGAGGUGCAAGUCACGGAGGAGCGGCUGGCCAUUGCCGCCGACGCAAUCGAAACGCACGACAAUCCCAACACGACGUUUCGCUUCGCCAAGCUGCUCACCCUGCCGUUUAUCGGCGCCGGCGUGGUGGACCUGCCCCCGGAGGCGGAGAAACGGCCCAAGAACUCGCGCAAGAUGCACCUGGUGUUUUUCGUGCACUACGGCAAGGUGCUCGUGACCAUCAACGAGGUGCAGUUUCGGAUAUCCGCCGGCGGGACGUGGUUUGUGCCGAGGGGGAACUAUUACAGCAUCACCAACGAUUACCAGGUCCCGGCGAGGAUAUUUUUCGCGCAGGGCUGCGAGGUCGCUCCGGCGCAGGGGUAG